AUGUUUGAUAGGAGCAAAAGAAAGUCCUUCUUGUUCUUUGGUGCCACAAGCCUGGACCAAAAACACAAACUGCCUGAAGAACGAAACAAUGCAAUGCCAAGGGUAACAGCAAGAAAUAACAUGUCACAUAAACCACUUCUGAAACCUCGUCUAAACGAGAAACAAACAGAUGAAGAUGAUUCGAAGGAUACUUUGACUCCUUUGCGUACUACCGAUUAUUCCGGUAAUCAUUAUCCUGUUGCAAAAGAAGGUCUGCCUAUGCGUCAAAGUACCAUCGGAAAAAGGCGGCCACCACCUCCGACUGAUAUAAGCAAUAUCCGAUCAUCUCUGGAUCAGAAACAAUCCGUGAAUGCACCAGUUCCAGUAGAAGCUAUGCCUACAGCUACCGUCGUUGCUCUGGAGGAAAGUGGACCACCGGCUACCCCUUUUCCUUCCUCCCCAGAAUCGGAUAGCUCAUCACAACAAUCUUUUAACACUCUGGAACACGAUCAGAUAUCGCAAAAUAUAACCGAAAAGAAGGAAUUUCAUCCAAGCCAUGGAAGAAAUAAGUCAGAAGUCGAACAAUUGGUCGAUGAUUUGGAUGAUUACAUUAGCAAAGCUAAUUUAAACCAGAGCACUACUUCGCUUGGGGAUAACAUCCAUCGCUCAAGCACACCGGAAUCAAGAGAAGAAGAAGAUAACAGCGACGGUAGCUCGCAAAAUGUGUCUCCGUUAUAUGGGAGGAGACCUGCGCUGAUUGAUGUCACCGAUAAAGUACCAAACCAUUGGGAUGAAGAUGAACAUCAAUCAGAAGCAGAUCAGUUCUCGUUCAACGGGUCCUCGAAUAAGUCUAUGAAUGACACACUCCAGUAUUUUGAAAACAACUCCUCUCAUAUUGGCUCUACACACUCUACUUCCAGUGACCUACAAACGUUCCCUAAGUCGUCACGAUUCAUUGUUACAAAUGCCGACGAUCUAGGUGUUAGAAAUGAAGACAACAGCGAAAGUGAUGUUGCUACAAACGAAUAUAAUAACUUCGUACAGUCUACAAAUACAAAUCGAGAAGCUGACGUGGACAUAGAAAAUGAACAGAUCCAUGAGAACAACGAUACUUUAUACGACUUGAAGAAUGGGAAUGAAUUUGAACGGCGUAAUUUCAGAGUAGUUAACGAGGAAAAACCAAACUUUUAUCUUAAUGAUAGUACUAGCGAGGACGAUGCACGCUCUUGCGGAAGGACAGAAACUAACUCGAUAACUACAUCUCUCGAAAGAAAAAGCUCAUUGGCAUCUUCAAUUAAGGCAGGGCUUCUUCCUACUACAAGUUAUAAUGGGUCACAUCAGUCUUCAACUGCCCAAGAGCCUACAGUAUCUUCAGAAACUGAGACAAUAAAAUCACGAGCGUCCACCGUAUCGGAUUCAAAAAAGAGUUUCAAAAGUAGUACAAAUAUUCCAGAUAAAAAUGUCCGUUUAAUCUCGAGUUAUGUGGAAGAAUUGAGACUCCUAUAUUUCCCAACUUCGAACUCCUUGCAGCUUCCUCCUGAUUUGCCAUACGCAUUGAAGAAUAAAAAUUCUUUGGAACAACCUCAAAACAUCAAAGUCACAAUCCGAACAAGUACUAGGCAAGUGGGAAUCAAACACGGAAAAGCAAAGCAAAAACUCUUGACACUCGAGACAACUAACGAGGAAGAUGAGGAAGAAAAUGGCGAAUUAUCAGGCUUAAAUAACAAGUCUGAGUCUACCAAGGUAGAUCAUACUAAAGAAUUCCACACCUUGUUCAAAAAGGACGAAAAAAUAUCAGAGGCUGACCAAGACAUCCUAGAUGAUAUUCCAGGUGACGAAGCCUAUGACAGUGAUGAUCUAAUGGCACCACUACGUGAAAAUCCAAACCAAAGAGUGCACGACAAUGUUUCUCAAACCCGCUUGAAAAGAACAGAUACUGUGGCUAGUUACUUUACAAGAAAUGCUGCGCGUAUAAGAAGCGGAACCCUAGAUGGAUCCUACGUCCCACAGCUUCCAUUAGACACAAUAAAAUACGAAACAAAUGAUGACCUCAUACCGACACCAAUAACACCAGUCUUUGCAGACAAAGAUCAACUUGCCAAGAAUACUCAUUCGCAUCAUUCUGGACCACCAAAAGUUGCGAAAGACGACGGGGAUUACGAAUUGGAUGCUACAGACUUUGGAUACUACCAAGGAAGUGAAGGUACCGGACUACAUAUCACAAAUCCGGAUUCAGACUGA